AUGGGCUGUACGAAUUCCAAAGAAAAUACAAAUCCGCCUACAACAACAACAAUAACAGAUAAUAGUCAACAAUUGAUUAAUGAUCAUUUUCGCAAAUGGUUGAAAUCAAAUCGACCAAAAGCUGAUGAAUAUGUACUCAAUGAUAUUCUAUCAACAACACAACAACCCAAUGAUAUAGACGAUUAUCGCCCAAUAGUUCGCAAAGCUCUUGAUAUACUUUCAGAGCGUAAUGAUAUAAAAACAACAAAUAAACUAACUAAACUUGUACAAAAAGAAGUGUCUCUUGCAUCACCAAAAAAAGUUGCACGUACAAUUGAUGUAUUAAAACAAACAGCAGAAAAAUUACGACAGGGACAGUUGCAACUUGAUAAUAGUCAAGAAAAAACAACAACAACGAAUAGCAAUGGCGAAAUUACAAAUAAUACAAAAACAGGAGAUAAUAAACAUGGUCAACUAUCAUCAACAGAACCGGGUAUUGUUUUAAAGGAAGCUUUAGAAAAAGCACGUAUUUCAUUUUAUAAGGGUAAACAAGCUGCUAUAUUUGCUAAUCCAAAUGGUGGCUAUGACGUACGAAUUAUUGAUGAGAAUGAUGAUACAAUUAAUCACGAUGGAAAUCUUCUUCGUUCAAUUAUUGUUACUGAAGUUAAAAUGCGUCCGAAAUCAACGAUAACAACAACAACAUCACCAUUAUUUACUGCACCACCACCACCUCCACCAUCAACAAAAGUACUUGAUGAACAUAAAAUUGGUGAUGAUUUUCGUCGUUCAAUUGAUGCUGCUCUUAAAGGACUCGAAGCGAUCUAUCAUACAUCACCCACUACAUCAUCAUCUGAACAUACUCGAGAGACUCAUAUUGAUAAAAGAUCAGCGUCGAAUGUAACAAAACCAACAUCACAAGAUAAUACUGUUAAUUUAGCCGAAAUUAUUCAUGAAGCAAAAGGCAUUACAAAUAUUAAUGAUGGAAGACAACAAGCUAUUAGUCAAACUGACAUACAACCAAAACUUGUGGGUGCUGUUGAUAGUAUGAAUGAAAUUAUGCUAGGAGCUAUUGAAUCAACGAGUGGAAGUCAAAUUGGAGAUCCAAUACCACAAUUAUCUAAUGAUACAGUAGGAAAAUUAGUUUUAAUUCUACAAAAUGAAGAUACACAACGUGUAAUUAAUGAAACAAAAGAACAUGUAGAAAGUCUUCCGGCAAAGCAAAUUUCAUUUGAUUCUAUUGGUUUAACAUCAAAUUUACAAAAUAAAGAAUCAAUAACAUCUUCAUCUACUUCUAAUAAAGAAAAUCUCAAUGAAUUAACGCAAACAGGUAUAAUAAACUCGAAUUCGCCAACAUCAAUAACAAAAUUUGAUUCAUCAUCUGAUAAAAUUGAAGAAGAAUCACUGAUGAAUCAACAUUCAUCAUCAAAAAUACCGACAUCGAUUAGUCAAAUAAUCGAAGAACAGAAUAAAGUUCUUUCAGAAUCAUCACCACCUGUUGUUUCACCUAUUGACAUGAAUACAACAGGUAAAUUACCAAGUCAUAAUGUAACUUAUACAGAAAUUAUUCAUUCGGAAUCACUUGAUGGUGAACAAUCACGUCGUUUUAUAACAGAAUCAUAUGAUGAACAACCAUCGAAAAAUGGUGAUGAUCAAGCAACAUCAUCACUUAAAGUUAUUACAAAAUCUGAAUUUUCAAAUCAUCCAUCAUUAGGUGAAAAAAUUAUGGAACAAAGUGUUCAAGUUAUUAGUGUUAAAGUACGAAAUGAAACAACAAUUCCAUCACCAACAUCAAAUGAAAAACAAUCUCUUCAAAAUGACACAAUGUUUUAA